AUGGGGGCAGAUUUGAUGAAAUUGAAGGAAGCCAUGGGUGGCGUGAGGCAACCCGAGUUUGGAGCAGACAAGCAGGCUCAGCUCAGGAGGAGAAACGCGGCAGAAGGGAGCCGUGACCGCGCGAUGGCGGCACAGCCGCGACCGAGAAACGGAAGAAGAGUGCAGGUGGGAUGCCAUGGGAUGUGCGACCAGGCCAGGCCAGUGUCGAGAAGCGAAUGCUCGCCCCAGUACUUGGUACUCCAUAGCAGCUUCAGCUCGUCUCACCAGCCAUCUCCAAUCAUGGAAUCGUUGAUUGCCUGCCUGCUUAUACCGGCCUGGCCCCAUUCCCAACCCAACCCCUCCCCUGUGCAGCGGGAUUCUGGGGACGAGGACGGUGGUGGCUCCGCUGUUGUUGAUGGAGAUGCAGAUGUGACUAUCGUCCAUUCUGGGGGCAGUGCAGUGCAGUGCAGUGCAGACGUUCAAAAAGAGCGCGAACAGCGUGGCUAA